AUGGAUCAGGAGAAGCUCAAGCGCAUGCAGGCGCAGGUGCGAAUUGGCACACCGAGAAGAAAGACCAAGAAGGUCCACAAAUCCUCUGGCACAGAUGACAAGAAACUACAAACGUCGCUAAAGAAGCUGAACGUCCAACCCAUCCAGGCGAUUGAGGAGGUCAACAUGUUCAAGGAGGAUGGAAAUGUUAUCCACUUUGCUGCACCGAAGGUCCACGCAUCCGUCCCCUCCAACACAUUCGCCAUCUACGGCAACGGCGAGGACAAGGAACUCACCGAACUCGUACCCGGCAUCCUGAACCAACUCGGACCCGACUCACUCGCCUCGCUGCGCCGUCUCGCCGAGUCGUACCAGACCUUACAGAAGAAAGAGGGUGGUGAGAAGAAGGAGGGCGAGGACGACGACGACGAGAUUCCCGAUCUGGUCGAGGGCGAGAACUUUGAAGGCAAGGUCGAGUAA